GAGUUUUCAUCAUCAGUCACACCUCUGAGCUGGAGACAAGUUCAGUCUGAGAGGACUGACAAGAAGUUUAUCCUGAAGAUAAGGCUCUUCAUUUCGCAUUUUUACAGCCUCCAUCCACGCUGCCGUCCAGACUGGAGUAUGGCCUGCCCUCCUUGUCACCCCUGCCGCUGAUGCAGGCGGUCAGCAUGAUCUCCCAGUACCCUCUGGCCACCCUGCUGCCGUGGCCUGCAGGUCCCAGCCAGCACUGCCUCGACCUGGACUGCAGCUUACUGCUGGAGGGGGAAGGAGGUGUUGCCCUGCAGAGGUACCAGCCUCGCUCCCCGGAGAGCAGCCCACGCCACUGGAGCUCGGUGCAGGACUGGGGGGAGGAAGUCGAGGAAGGAGCCAUCUACAAUGUGACACUGAAGAGGGUUCAGAUUCAGCAGGCGGCCAACAAGGGAGCGAGAUGGUUGGGGGCGGAGGGCGAUCGCCUGCCUCCCGGCCACACGGUGAGCCAGCUGGAGACCUGCAAAAUCCGAAGCAUCCGCGCCGGAACGCUGGAGCGUCUGGUGGAGACGUUGCUGACAGCGUUCGGAGACAACGACCUCACCUACACCUCCAUCUUCCUCUCCACCUACAGAGCCUUCGCCAGCACACAGACUGUGCUGCAGCUUCUGCUAGACAGAUAUGGAUGCGUGGAAGAAAACGAACAACAUACAGACAGAUGCCAAAGCUCUGAAACCAAUGGAGCCAUCAGAAAUGCCUUGGCCUCUAUCCUGCGUGCCUGGCUGGACCAGUGUCCCGAAGACUUCCAGGAGCGUCCAGACUACCCAUCUCUCCACAGGCUGAUGGACUACCUGCGCAAGGCUCUUCCAGGUUCAGAGGCUCUUCGACGGGCGGAGGGUCUUCUGGAUCAGCUGCAGAGUCAAGCCAGCGUGGAAGACACCGAUGCUGGUUUCCACGGCAACAGCUCUUUCUGCCUGGGGGAAGAGGAGGAAGUGGAGAUCGAGGUCCACGAGGACUUUGUGUCGUUUGAAGCCGACCUGGUGGCCGAGCAGCUCACCUACAUGGACGCGCUGCUCUUCAAAAAAGUCGUCCCCCACCACUGCCUGGGCUCCAUCUGGUCUCAGAGGGACAAGAAGCACAACAAGCACAGCGCCCCCACCAUCCGCGCCACCAUCACCCAGUUCAACGCCGUGGCGGCCUGCGUGGUCAGCACGGUGCUGAAACACCGACAGAUCCGACCGCACGUCAGAGCGCGGGUCAUCCAGCGCUGGAUAGACAUCGCUCAGGAGUGUCGAAUACGCAAAAACUUCUCAUCCCUGCGUGCCAUUGUGUCGGCGCUGCAGUCCAAUCCCCUGUACCGGCUGAAGAGAGUGUGGGCCUGCGUGCACAAAGACAGCAUGCAGACGUUUGAGGAGCUCUCCGACAUUUUCUCCGACCACAACAACUACCUGACCAGCAGAGAGCUACUCAUGAGGGAAGGCACUUCAAAGUUUGCCAGUCUGGAGAGCUGUGCCAAGGAGCACCAGAAACGCACCCACAAGAGGCUACAGCUGCAGAAGGAAAUGGGAGCAAUGCAAGGAACGAUACCGUACUUGGGGACUUUCCUGACGGACCUGACCAUGCUGGAUACGGCCCUGCCCGACUCAGUCGAGGGUGGUCUGAUCAACUUUGAGAAGAGACGCAGGGAGUUUGAGGUGAUCGCUCAGAUCAAGCUGCUCCAGUCGGCCUGCAACAGCUACUGCCUGACCGCCGAUCCGGCUUUCCUCCGCUGGUUCAAGAGCCAGCCUCAGCUCAGCGAGGAGGAAAGCUACGCCUUGUCAUGUGAGAUCGAAGGGCUCGGUGACAGCAGCCCGACUUUACCCAAACCCAGAAAGAGCAUGGUGAAGAGACUCAGCCUGCUGUUUCUUGGCACGGACAGUAAUUCAGCCAGUUCUCCAGUCAGAGAGACGCCACGCUCGCCUCCUACUGGCAGCUCAGGGGAGAGCAUGGACUCGGUCAGCGUGUCCUCCAGUGACUCCAGCAGCCCUUCAGACAGCGAAGGACUCACCACCCCGACUCACACCUCCGACUCCCAGCAGAACAAGCUAUCAGAAUCCUCCUCCUGUACUUCACUCCACUCUAUGGACACCAGCUCAUCCACGGCCAGCGUCUCCAUGACUCCCGCGUCCCCCUCCCUCCCCGGUCCUCCCUGCACCCACAGGCGCUCCGUCUCCCUCACGCCGCUGUCUCCCAGCUCGCCCAGCCAAACCCCGGCGUACAACAUGCAGGCCCAGGACGCGUGCAUCAUACGAGUGAGCCUGGAGCAGGGCAACGGGAAUCUGUACAAGAGCAUACUGCUGACCAAUCAAGAUAAGACGCCGGCUGUCAUUUCUAGAGCCAUGGCGAAGCAUAACCUGGAGGUGGAGCCGGAGGAAGGCUACGAGUUGGUGCAAGUCAUCUCUGAGGAAAGAGAACUGGUGAUUCCAGACAACGCUAACGUCUUUUACGCCAUGAACACCUCCGCUAACUUCGACUUCCUGCUGCGUGUGCGGGGCUCGGCGGGUCGGCCGGUCCAGCUUCGUAGCCGGUGUAGCUCCACGCUCCCUCGGACCCAGCACCGCUCGAGCCUCUCGCUCAGACUCAGCAAAGUCACGCUGUGACCCCGGUCUGCAGUGGACCCAGCAGUCUGGCCUCGCACCACCAACCAAGGCCAGGAUGGAUUAAAAAAAAACAAAAAAACAAUACAAACAGCUGUGGGCGAUUCCAGAUGGAUCAGAACCAGCUGUCGGACUCCUUUUGCCUCUGAACUGUGCCAUCCCUCUUCCAGCCUUAACGUGGAACAUGACCGUGUAGUGCGACUGCUGUGAUUGACUCGUGACGCCUGUGACGGAGUGAAACGGCGACCCCUAGUGGCCUUCACUCUUUACAACAACAGAUGUUUUUUUUUUUGCACAUGUUGUGGGAGCAGCCAAACUCCUGACCUCCAACAGUAUUCUGAUAUUUGACUGAACUUUUCUUGUCCUGUGAUGUCUGUGUAGCUGAAGCUUUAAAAUAGAAGGCGGCCGGCGGAUCGGAAGGAGAAGUCGCCUUUAUUUGCCUUUAUUAACGAACGACUGGACCUCCUAACAGUAUUCUGAAUGAUAUGAACAGAUUGACAGGAGCUGUGAUGUCAUUGUUUUCCCCAGUCAGACAUCUGUACCAGCUAUGUCUGGCUCGUGCACAGUGUGCACAGUGUGUGUGUGUGUGUGCUCGGCCCCCCCUCUCAUAUUGUGAGCUGCGUGACGAAUGCAGGGUUACGUGCAUUCUGAUUGGUUCCAGUACUUGGUUUUAUCAAGUCCUCUGCAGAUAUUAAAAUGGCCUUACCUGCCCUGUCUCUAGGGUGUAGAGAUGCAAUAUGUGCUGCUGCUUCUACUCCAGGAAGAUGCUCCUUCACAUUCUCAAACCUGGAAAAAAAAGUACAAGAACAGAGAAGAAGCAGAAUGGAUGAGUGCGUCCUCCUGGAUGGAAAGCAUCGUGCAAAGUGUCUCAGACUGAUGCACAUUUGUACCUCUUUGCCCUUCAUUAUAUGAACUAUAGAGUUGCACUUGUCAGUUGGUAGCAGACGCCAAUGGGAUGUGAAUACGGAAGAACGAGCCGACCGCCCUGUCAGCGGUUUGCUCCUUCUUCACUAAAUGCUAUUUUUGUUUGUAAUUGUUGCUUUUUAUAUGUUUUGUUUUUUGUAACACAAUUCAGGCCAGAAACGAUUGGAGAGUGAGAGAGGUUUUUUUUUUUUUAAAUGUUAAUUAAUUCACAGUGUCAUAAAGAGAGAGAGAGAGAGAAGGAGAUAGAAAAAAAAAAAGCCAGUGCCAGAUUUUACUGUGAUACAUUUCAUUUCAUGAUACGCUCAGAAGCCAAAACACCUCUUCACACCGUAAACUCCCAUCUGUUCUCGUCUUCUCGUUUCCAGAAAGCCUCACAGCAACAUCACCAUCGUUUUUUCACAUGUUCAGUAUUUUCCUUCAGUAUCUCUUUACGUGCCGUCGGUAUAAGCAGUUACCGCUCCCUGUUCGUAUUGCAGGACUGGGAGCACUGGUUCACUUUAGCGCUAAUGCUAAUGUCCCACUGGGCCCAAUCAUGUUUCUCCAUGCAGCACUUCACUUUAAACUGUUCUCAUUAAAUCAGUUCCUGUUCUCCACUGCCAAAGACUCUUACUCUACCUGAAUAAAUAAAUUAUUAUCAUUAUUAUUACAA